AUGGCAUCGUCCAAGUGUGGGUCAUUUUUUCGUGCCGUAGCAGCACUCGUGUGGCUGACAAAUGUCGUGGUGGACGUUGAAGGGGCCCUUGGAUCUAGCGAAGCAACGCGGCGAAGCUCCCGUUCCCGCUCGAGCGGCAGAUCUCGUUCUUCAAGUCCUGAGAGGCGCAGCAGACGCGACGCUGCUGCGUCCUCAGCAUUUGAUGGACAGACGAACCAUGGGUCUGUGUGGACUCAGCCUACCGAGCUUCCGCACAGAGAGAUGACUGCCAGUAUCAGUCCAGACGAAAUGCAGCAGAGAAGUUUUCAACAUGCUGCAAGUGCACUUUAUCCAGCGGCCGCUGAAGCUGAACUGCGCCCGAGUACUACAGCUACGCCCCCUACGACGCUGCAGCUGCAGUUGCGCUUUUUUCUCGAGGAAGAUCUGCGGCAGGACCAGCCGCUUUGGUCCGCAAUUGAUGAGAGAACCAAUGUCCGCCUUCCCGAUCGACUGAUGGACCGUGUUGCCCCUUUCGAGUUGCCAGCACUGAACGCGGAGGGCGUAUUUCCGGUUAGCAGAACCCGCGGCCCGUACGUGGGCAUCAAUAAGACAUUUGAAGACCUGGCACCUCCUACUUCAGAAUUUUUAUCAGAAGACAAAAAUAAGGAGCUGAAUAACCCCGCGGGGCAGUUCCUGGAGUAUCUGGGGCGAGGGCUGUUCCAGAAGGACGCUGCUACGAGUCAAGUCCGAAGCGGUUCGCACGCGGCGCGGGUCAGGAGGCACUACGGACCCUUCUUCGCCGCGAAUCCGCGCGUUCCAAAACUGUUUCCGGACCGGCGUCUCGGAAUCGCGUGUCCUGUGGGGGCAACGACGUCGUCCUCUCAGGAUCUUCCCUCAGCAGGACGAGGUGCUGGGACCACGACGCCGGGUGGAAGCUACAACUACACUCUUCUCCCAGUGACAAAGGUCGCGUCUGCCAAACUACUCCUCAAAGAUGUGGUCGCUAAGUGCGGGGUCGAUAAUUACACCGGUGUUAGAAGCCCACAUCGGGAAGGUCGUUCCGCGGGGGAAGUAGAAGAUGCGCCAUCAUCUACUACCGCCACCAAAACCCUGAACGUGGUGUUCCUGCGGCCGGCGCUUCUGGUCUACGAAAUGGACGACGACACUGAGCUGUCCGGAAGCGCCCCCGUGCUUCAGGUGCCGGCCUGUCACAGUCGGGAGGCGGUGCGAAGUAUGGAUUGUAAAAAUGUCUGGGUCUGAGAGAUUGCGAGAUUUGUCAUGCUAGUCUGGCAUGACUCUGGGAUCUGUAUUGCGUGGCAACCAAGAGCUCCCCUAGCCUGUCAUGCAAACGCGCAGUUUCUCAUGCGGAAUACGCAACACAGAAGCAUGAAAAAACUUGUCAUGCUUGGCGGCGCAUUACAGUGUCCUUCUUAUUCAGCGACCUGCAUCACAAGUUUCCAGACCCAGACAUUUUUACAUUUGAUACGAAGAGACUUGGAGAAACGUCUCGGCACGUCGUCCAUCCUCGGGGGGCUCCAGCCCUACCGACUGUUCCAGCUUCAGGAAGAUGCGUCGCAGGUUUUGUUGUCGUGGUCUUUGCGACAUAACGGAGUUGUCCUGCCGCUCACCACGCGCGGCCAGUUGGUGACCGACCACACGGAGAAGCAGCGGAGGCUACUGGACCGGAUUUUACAACCUGCUUCCGAAAGUGUUAGACGACCACGAGCAACAGACGGAACCACUAGGACUUUAGGUCUCCCUCAACGCCGAAUCAGAAGGAAAAGGCCGCAAGCAACUUUAGCGCCUAUCGGCGAGGAGGGCGGAACAGAGGAUGAAGAGGACGAACCACAAUUGUAUGGCAUUCUCUCACAUAGUAGUUGCAUGGACACCUGUUAGUACAUCAUUUUUCGUUGGAUUUUUUCGCUUUUAGUCAUGUAGAAGGAACGGUUAUAUAGCCUGGUGCGCAUGACAAGCCUGCGGUGCGGUAGAGAACGGCAUAAAAUAAAAUGAAUCCAUUCCGGAUUUGUAUUGCAAAAAUAAAGUCCAAACUUUUGCUUUGCUGAGGACUGUUCGCAUCAUCUUCACAGAAUCAUGGUAUAAGUACAAACGGAUGUGCAUCAACUAACGUCUGUGUUUGAGAAUGGCAUAAAGAGGAAAGCGGUACUGGUAGCACUGGGCCGGCCAUGGGUGGUCAUCAAUUAGUACAACAAGCCACCCCGGACAACCAGCGAUCGACUUUGGAAAAGUUUGUCUUUGGCAGGGGCCCGAGUGAAGGCAUUCUGGGUUUGUGGUGGAAGCAUGACACACCAUUCUACGAUUACAACCAUCGCGAGCUACUCCUGAAAAUUGAAGACCUUGUACCUGCUCCUUCCGCCGCGGACGCGAGAGAAGUAGAUGUUGGCUUGAUGCCACAGCCAGCCACGCCAGCUGCGGCAUCUACUGCUUCGUCGCUAAUGCGCCCCCGGUCACCCGCGCGCGCAGGAACACCCCCGCCUGCGAAGAGGUCGACGCCACCAGCCUCGCCCGAAGGAAAAGCGCCGCCACGCGGGGGACCGGGUAGUGCUGAUGUUUUGUCUCCCCGCCAAGGGUUUUCUUCUGGGGCUGGAGUGUCCCCUGGCACGCUGCGUCAACUUGGCGCUUUUAAUCUGGCAGGAUAACAAGAUCAAGAUAAGUAGUCGGCCUUGAGAACAACAACACCUGCCUGAAGCUGAACGAGAACAAAGUGUUCGCUAUGCCGUAAUAAAUGGAGACGACGAUGUUUUUCGCUUAAGCCGGGUGAGAACGGGGACGAAAUGCCCAGGGCUGGAGUGGAUGAAAUAAAGUCGUACGAAACAAGCUUACUGCUCUGUACGUGAUAUGCGAAACAUCGCAAGAAGUGACAUCUUCGAGCAACAGUGAAGAAAAAGGCAAGAUGAAGAUAUACUCCUAGAUACAUAGCGCAUACAAUUACAAGUACAACACCGCAGCAUGAUCAUAGUAGUUGAAGUAGAAUUUAUUGAAAAUCGAAUCCAUUCUAGCGUUGAGAGUUUCGGGGAAAACCCUACUGGAUUCUGUGCCCCAUUAGCACACAUUGAGAACCCCUGUCAGUUCUUGUAGCGACGUACGGGUUGUACUAGUUGCUCGGAACAACUAGCAGGUGGGGAUAGAAGUAGAACCAAGUCCAGUGGUGGUAAUUAUUAUUCUCUGCCUUCAUCAAUUUAAAUUUAUUGGUCGCAUCGCAUGAACAAAGCAAAGUCGCCCUCCGCUUUCAAAUCAAUUUUACGAAGAAAUUUUACAACAUUAUUCCAAUUUUACGAAGUCGAAGUACAAAAGCAAAGUGUUGUAAAAGUUAAAGUUGUCAUGUUGGACUACGAAGAAGUCACACGUAGCAAUCGCAAUUCCCCUCCCAGUAAAGUAAGAGUAGUAUACAAAUCUCCCAUAAAAUCCCGAGUACAACAAAAAAAAAGAACAGAAUGAAAAUCAAAAACAAAAAGAAAAACGCGUUCGAAAGUGUAGAAUUAGUUUUAUUACUAUUAGGCGGUCCUACUACAUCUCGGGCUCCGACAAAAACUCGCUCUCGUUGCAAGAAAAGCAGGAGAAACUACUACAAGUAAGCGCAAUAGAAGUGGUGGUGUCGCGGAUAAGUAUUUGUACCUCUUCUGCUAUUUUUGCAUCGUCGAGAAGAGGGGGUGAAACAUGUCGACCCCAGCCAAACAUUUUUUACUUUCGGAAAAGACCGCCUAUUUAUUCCACACGCCGAGAACAUCCUCCGUCAGGCAUGAUGCGCGCCGAGAACAUCCUCCCGCUGACCCGCGUCAUCGACCCGGAACUACACGCGACAGCAGACGAAGCGGUUGAAGCGGCCGAAGAGGUCCGCGCCGCACUGCGGGUCGACCCCUGGGAGGACGUUGCCAGGAUCCGGGCGCAGAGACGCGCGCGAGAGGCCCGCGAGGGGCCGCAGUAGUAACACGAAACUGCGAUAACGACGGCCUUCUCGACCCCGCGCCUGGCCGAGCGCACAACGCACAGCUACUUGGUCGGGAUCUGAAGAAGCAGUUCACUCCGGUAGCGACCCCGGAGUCAGGGCGCUGAAACGUUGAGCCUCGCGCAGUUAGUCCCUGCGCGCGCGAGGACUGAAAGAAUGAGUCUCCUCUCACUUUGACUCCUCUGUUGAACCAAUAGGGUUGUAGUCUCGCGAGAUCUUCUCGUGAAUAAAUUGCAAUUGUAAAUUGUAAUUGUGAUCUGCGGAGCUUAUGAAGAUGAGUAGUUUAUUCAUCGUUGUGGGUGAACUUGAAUUUUUUUAUGGAUCUGUGAAGCUGCGGAAGAAUAAGAAGUUGAAGAAAAAAUAUGCCCGCGUUUAUUCCUCUAGUACGCGGCUUUUGCUCAUUAUUUCUUAGUCUUGGGCAGCAAGUCAUGUGAUGCCAUAAAUUGAUUUAUUUCUUACAGCGCCGCUCAUCAUUCAGAAAAGGAUCAUCGUCGUCUUGCUCAAAAACAUUUGAUGUCGGGGAGAAAUGCUAACUCGCGCGUCGAGUAAGCACGCAACAGGACGUGCCUACGAAUCGAUUACCCCUCAAGACAGAAAUAGUGAUGAAG